ACGCACUGGACCGCAACAAAAUGCCGAAUAUCAAAAUAUUUAGCGGGAGCUCACAUCCGGACCUGUCUCAGAAAAUAGCAGACCGCCUGGGUCUCGAGCUAGGGAAGGUCGUUACGAAGAAAUUUAGCAACCAAGAAACAUGCGUGGAGAUCGGGGAGAGCGUUCGUGGGGAGGACGUCUACAUCGUGCAGAGUGGCUGUGGGGAGAUCAAUGACAAUUUGAUGGAGCUGCUGAUCAUGAUCAACGCCUGCAAGAUUGCCUCUGCCUCCAGGGUCUCGGCUGUCAUCCCUUGCUUUCCGUAUGCCCGGCAAGACAAGAAGGACAAGGUGGGGAGCCGCGCUCCUAUUUCUGCUAAGUUGGUGGCCAACAUGUUGUCGGUAUCAGGCGCUGACCACAUUAUUACCAUGGACUUGCAUGCCUCACAGAUACAGGGAUUCUUUGAUAUCCCUGUGGAUAAUUUAUAUGCAGAACCAGCUGUGCUGAAAUGGAUCAAAGAGAACAUCCCUGAAUGGAAAAACUGUACCAUUGUUUCGCCCGAUGCCGGAGGAGCCAAGAGAGUCACCUCCAUAGCAGACAGGCUGAAUGUGGACUUUGCCCUUAUUCACAAGGAGAGGAAGAAGGCAAAUGAGGUGGACCGCAUGGUUCUCGUUGGAGAUGUGACCGAUCGAGUCGCUAUUCUAGUGGAUGACAUGGCUGACACAUGUGGCACAGUCUGUCAUGCUGCUGACAAAUUAAUUUCUGCUGGUGCCACCAAGGUGUAUGCCAUCCUAACCCAUGGCAUCUUCUCUGGCCCAGCUAUCUCACGCAUCAACAAUGCCUGCUUUGAAGCUGUGGUGGUCACCAAUACAAUCCCUCAGGAGGAGAAGAUGAAGCAUUGUCCCAAAAUACAGGUUAUUGACAUCUCCAUGAUCCUUGCCGAGGCCAUCCGUAGAACUCACAACGGCGAGUCUGUGUCGUACCUUUUCAGCCACGUUCCCUUGUAACAAAUGAUGUCUACUUUGCGCUGUUACACCAAAUAAGAGAAGAGGGAAUUCUCCAACCCAAACACAUCCAUUCGCAAAGAUGUUCUGCUAACUAACUGAAAAAAGAAAGGGAAAAAAAAAGAUGAACUGUCAUGUCUGUUAGUACUAAUGCUGACCCCCCCACUUAAGUCCCCUUCCCCCUUGAGCAGUGUCCCUUCGUGUCUGGGCACCAAAGCAAUUGCAACCUACCAAUUUAGGCCAGGAUAUUUAUUGUACUUGGAUAAAUAGGUGUUUAUCCACUGUGAACUCCCCCCUCCCCCCCUUCAUAACAUUUAGGUACAGAGUUUCUCCUGACCAUGUCACCUCUCCAGAGGGCUGUACUACAAAGAGGGUUCAACGGCCAUGGUUCUUUGCCUUCGCUAGCUCGACUAACCCUGAUCAGAGAUAACGGAAAAUGCGUCAUCAACUUGCUUUGUCGACCCAGGCUUUAUAUCGCACUCUGUUUUGGUCCAAACAAAUUUAAAUUAAUUUGAUUGAACAUUAAUGAUGUUGAAUGCCAAUAGAUUACUAUAUUUUCUAAUCUGUUGUAUUAGUUGAAAUACCGGCAGUGUAAAACGGACUUCCACAAAUCAGGACCGAGCAUAAAAACAUCCAAAGUGGUAAUGUAAUGGUCUGAAGGCAUUGUACUGCACUUCAUAUGCAAGUAGAGGUCAUACUGAUUAAUAAUAUAGUGAACUGCUUUGGCUUCUUCAAGCCAAUGUGGGCAAAUGGCCAGAGAACACUACAGAGCUGCAACAACCUUGUGAAUACAAUAAAUCUGUAUUCAUACUUCGAUUUUCUGCAUCACCAACUGAAUGCAUAUAGGUUCCUGUGGCAAUGCGAUGCACAGUUUGUGAUACUGUAAUAGCAAGACUGUGUUCAGUUUCAUCAAUGUAACUUUAUGGCUCUACAAGUUUGCAUAAGGUAUUGCAUAAGAAGUUGAUUAGUGAAAGGUGAUUUAUAGCCAAUUUCAAGCUUAAACUGCUCCGGACCAGGUUAGGUCUGCAGCAUGACUUCCCAUGGCGAUCUAGUCGGGUUAAAAGAGAGCCGUCUUUGUAAAACGGCAAUUUCUGGCUUUAGGCUCAACUCCUUGCUAACCCACAAAUCUUGCUUUGUAGUACAGCCCUCAGGUUUCUUUUAAAAAUAUAUGGUCAACAAGCUUGUAUGAAUAUCCCUGGCUGGUUCCAAUGGUCAGGAGAUGCAUCUGCCAUACAAAGCUGUUACAUUGCUUUUUGUUACAAUGAACUGGUGUAGUUGUUCAUGUUGCUCCUGUGUUCUCUGCAGUUUAAAAGAAUAUAAUUGAUGAAGUGAAUGUGUAUUAAACUAGUUUACAGUGCCACUGAAGCUCCACUCAACCCAAGAGUGCCUCAGCAGUCUGAAAUGGAAUUACUUUUUCCUCCAGUCUCCUCCUCCCCACCCCGUUCCUCCCAUUGAGCUGUGUUUAAUUUCUCACCGGAUGAAGAACUUUCUUGUGUCUUCUUAGGCAGUAAAAUAUGUUCUGGGAUGUUUAUUUCAACUUUUGAAGUGCCCUCCAUUGAAUGGGGUGUGACCAGGAGGUUCUACUUGAUGGGCUAUUUAUAGAGAAGCUGUUUGGGGUCUCUGCAGGCUGGAGCGUCCUUAAGAAAUGUUCACCUGCGUUUUAUUUUCUUUUUCAUUUUUGUCUUUUUGUAUGGAGGAAGGAUUUGUCAAUGUGCAUUUCCAAAGCUUUGUGUUUACUUUAGUAGAGUGAAUGCACCGGUUAUCUGAGGAUGCGUUCUUAAUAAAAAUGAAAUAUGCCUAAAAUCUUAAAA